CCGUAUAUCAGGGAACGUACACUCGUUUUUCUGGGCUUCAGCAAAUACACCUAGCAUAAUUGUUAAUCAACUCCCGUCAGAAAAGAAAAAAUAAAUCCUUGCCUUCAUUCAGAAUGGCUUUUAUGGUUCCAGAUAUACAAGCAAUGUCUUUUCUUAAAAUAAACUCAAAACCAUCACUGGAAAUUAGUUUGACAUAUUCUUCUGACAUCUUUCUUUAGGUUUCGUUAUAGAAGUAAGAGGAUUCGCGUUUCUUUGCAAUUCUUGUAAAAGUUGUUAAGUCCAAAAUCCAAAAAUCAAUAUAAGAUAAUCAACUUCCAAGAACAAUUCUACGAUCAUUCAAAAUUCAAAAUUUGCUUAGUUGGAUAAAUAAUUCGUGCUUCUGUGACAUAUUUUCAUUCGAACAAACAUUUCCUCAACAGGGAUUUUACUAUUUUCGAAACUUUUCUCAAUGGUUUAAGCAGAUUACAAAUAAGUGAGAUUUAAUUAUGUUUCAUUAUAAUUUCAUCUGGCUAAAGCAAUAAGGAUUGUUUGUUUGUUGUGAUAAUUGUUUUUGUUUACCGUUUACAUACAAGAAUCCGAUUAUUCUACUUAGAAUACAACCAAUUCCUUGUUUAUUACUUUCUACAAACACGUCUUCUAAAUUCAUAUAUAGAUAUACUUGAAGCUCAAGCUUGUAAGGUCAAUAUGGAUCAACAAGCAAGGAAAGAUACCCCGAUGUAUAACUUUUCUCAUCCAGCAGCUGAAACUGAUGUAAACUCCAGUAUUUUUCAAAAAGCGUUUCAACAUUUAAAGCAGCUUUGUAUGGCCUGUUCCACAGGAUCUGAAUAUAUCGAUAGUGACUCUGAAUACAUAUACAAUCCAGAUAUGCCUAAUGAGCAUAACGAAUUGGGUUUUGAGUCAUCCAACUUUUAUAAUGGCUCAUUAACAUCAAAUAGCUUCAACACCUCUGUGGAAGCACUGAGUCUUGAUUACUCCCUUAGUAUGCCACAUGCAGACACGCUUUUGAAAUUAAGCAACAUAUCUACGACAGAACAAUUUGCAGAGGAAAAAGGCUCUAUUAUUCAAAGAAAGGAAGAAACAAAAAGGAUUAAAGUUCCAUUUGCAAAGGGAUUCUUCAGUAUCCUAUACGGCACAUCUCGUACUCCUUUUUUGCAUGCACAGUACGCAGAUUGUUUUAUGUCAGACUCUGAGGCUCCUAUAUCAAUUGAAAUCGACAAUGAAAAUGCAAAAAAGAGCAUGAAGCUUGCAGAGAAAAACUUUCCGGAGGCUUUCGAGCAAUUCAUCAAUUUCUUAAGAGGGCCUAAUGUGCCUAUGUCUGUUCUUCUUCAUCAUAUUAUGCUCUACGACUUAUAUUCUCCUAGGCUUAAGGACGCGAUUUGGGAGACUGUAGGAAAUUACCUCCAGAAGAUGAAAGGAAGCUAUGGAUAUACGGACUUGCAUGUCAAAGUAGCACGAUAUAAACUUACGCACCCAAGAUUUAUCAUGAUCCAUCCUGAAGAAAUCUUUUGUGUUUAUAAUAAUCCUGACUGGGUUUGUGUUUCCAACAAGCAUUUUCACUGCAAUAUUCACAUUCAGCCUAUUGUUAGUAACGCUAUGAAAAGUAGUGACGACCGAAUAAGAGAAGUGGCUUCAAACUGUCAAACUCCAGUUGAAUAUGGAUGGCUAACUUUAGGACUUGCUUUGCGAAAGAAGGCUGCUAUUUUCCCCAUUCAUGCCUACUUGAACUGUAAAACAAAGUUAUAUGAUGAGUCCAUGCCUCCUUCUUUAUUGUAUUAUUUAAAAGAAGAUGAAAACACCAAUACCUCAAACAUUGAAGAAAUUAUUAAUUAUAUGUAUGAAAUCUUUAAUGCAGAAGCUGCUCUCUGUGGUUCUCUGAACAAGAAUAAGGAUAACAUCAAUGCUUCAAAGGUGGAGUAUUCUGAUCUUGACGUUGACAACAUUAAACAAGGAAAAGGAGAGAAAGUCAUGAAUCCAUUUGAGCCUGAAAACGUUGCUCCCGUUGGCCAUCAGUAGAACACGUUUUUAGCUGUUUAUAUCAUAUUAUUAUUCAUUCAUAAGGCAUUUGAUUUCUUCAUUAACGGAUAAGUUGCUUUGUAAGCUCAUACUCGCUGCUUUUUGCGCAUUGUUUAUCGCAUUAUCCAUUCCUUUAUUUCGAGAUAAUAAUGCUAUCAGAACUCCAACAAAUGUAUCUCCUGUACCAUUUGCAUUGAUAGGAUCUUUAAUUAAAUUUGGGACUGGAUAAUGUUUUAUGAGUACCUUGCCGGGUGUACAAAGACUGCUCGAAUUUAAUGAAACGCCUUCAACUUCAUCCGAGCUUACCAAUAACGCUCCAUUUGAACCUAAUUUAAUAAUUAUAUUUUUAGCAAACGGAAGUAUAUGUAGACACUUUUGCAAAAUUCCUUUUUCCGUCAGUUCUUUGAACCCAGCUACUUUUGACAAUCUUUCAAUCUCUAUGACAAUUAGUAAACAAUCAGCAUAUAAUCACGU